UCCAGUGGGAGUAGCUAUGGGAGGAGUGGUGCGUAGAGAUGCUGAUAGAGUGAGAUUUUGGCGGACACUUUUACAAUCCACCAUCCCAGAGCGCCCCCUUCUUUGCAGCUAGCUAGCCAGCCAUGGAGAUCCAGCCCUCACACAAACCCAGUGUUGGGCACAGCAAGCGAAAGUCGUCGAGAAAAACUGCUUCGAAUGGUCAAAUGGACAUCGUCUCCAUGUUCAAAACUGCACUGAAAGAGAGUGGUGAGGAGAAUGGACCUCCUUCCAAGAAACUAAAGACGUCUGACGAGAUUGUAGUGGACGCUGAGGACAUAUCAUGUGAUACGACUAACGGAUCACAUGAUACCACUAAUGGGACACCUGAGAAUAUGAAUGGAUCAUGUGAUGAUGUUAAACCACCCACUGUCACUAUUGGGCCUCCCCUGCGUUGCAGCGACUGUCGGCAAUUCCUCGACGACCAGAGCAUUGCAGUAUUCAUAGGAGACCCUGAGAAUGCUGUUGACGAGUUCAUCAUGUUAGCGGACCCUCAACUAUCACUGUUCACAGAGGAGGGCGGUUGUGAGGAAGAUAUCAACGAAUUACCGCAGCACAAGAUCACACAUUUCACUGUGUAUGACAAGCAACGUCAUCUUUGUCCCUUUGACUCGGGACUGGUUGAGAGAAAUGUGGAGUUGUUCUUUAGUGGAGUGGUCAAGCCUAUAUACGAUGAGAACCCUGAUUCAGCGGACGGUAUUCAGACCAAGCAGUUGGGUCCAAUUAACUCCUGGUGGAUAGCCGGCUUUGAUGGUGGGUCCCACGCUCUCAUUGGGUUCACCACGGCUUAUGCUGAGUACAUUCUCAUGGAGCCCAGCCCAGAGUAUAAGACCAUCAUGGCCACAGUCCACGAGAAGAUUCACCUCAGCAAGGUAGUGAUAGAGUUCUGUGAGGAGAGCCCUGAGGGUGCAUACGAGGACCUACUCAACCGUAUUCAGACCACCGUCCCCCCUCAGCUGAUAGGAGUCGCAUGCUUCACUGAGGAUAGUUUGCUCCGUCACGCCCAGUUCAUUGUUGAACAAGUUGAGAGUUAUGACCAGUACGGUGACAACGAUGAGGACCUGCUACUAGUAACCCCGGCAAUGAGGGCACUCAUUAAGCUAGCCGGUGUUACCCUCGGCAAGAGGCGGGCUGCUCGUAGGGGAACGAGGGACGAGAGGAAACAAAAGAAGAAACCGUCGAUGGCUACAACGACUCCUCUGGUACGGAACAUUUUCGAGCAGUUCUUCACUCACCAGAUUGACGGGAAGGUGAACUCUGCACCCAAGAGGCAACGUUGCGGAGUGUGUGAAGCGUGUCAACUAUCGGACUGCGGGAAAUGCUCAAAUUGUAAAAACAUGGUGAAAUUUGGUGGCAGUGGUCGAGCGAAACAAGCGUGUAAGCUGAGGAGAUGUCCGAAUAUGGCCGUCCAAUCGGUUGAGGAGGGGGAGGAGGACUUGGACGCAGAGCAGCAGGACAAGCCAACACCCAAGUUGUCUCCUGGCAAGAAGAUCCGCCGUGGUAAGACCAGCGUGGUGUGGGUGGGUGUGCCUCUUGUGAAGAGGGAGGGACGGACCUACUACAGCAAAGUUCUCGUCAAUGGCUCUGAGGUGUGUGUGGGCGACUGUGUGAGCGUGACCCCUGAUGACCCUGCCACGCCCUUCUAUGUGGCCAGGGUGGGGGGUCUAUGGGAGACCUCUGGGGGGGAUAAAGAGUUCCACGCCACCUGGUUCGUGAGGGGAGCGGACACAGUACUGGGGGAGACUAGUGACCCGGCAGAACUGUUCCUAUUGGACGAUUGCGAUGACGAACCUCUGGCCUCCGUUACUGAUAAGAUCAACGUGACCUAUCGCCCACCCCCUGCUAACUGGAGUAUGCUCGGUGGGUUGCCUAGCGACGAAGAAGAUUUUGUCGGUGAUGAGAAGAACUUCUUUUAUCAGAAAUGGUACGAUGCUGACUCAGCAAGAUUCGUGGACCCCCUGCCAGAAUGUUGCUAUGACGACAGCGGCAAUACAGAGUGCCACAGUUGUGUGCGCACAAAAGCCAAAGAAAUGAGUGCCACGCCCACUCCACUGGGGGUCCCCCUCUCUGAUACACGCUACACAUCCUUCACCUAUAAAGGCGUAGUCUAUCGCCUUGGUAGCAACGUCUUCUUACCAGUCGACACUUACACAUUCCGAACCAAGGGGUCAAAGGUCACUAAGAAGCUAUCUAAGAGUGGCGUUGAGAGCGACCAUGGCAACGAGACUAAGUUUCCAGAGCUAUACCGCAAGUCAGAGUACAUAAAGGGCAGCAACACUGACGUCCCCAAACCAUUCCAAAUAGGUCGUAUCAAGGAGAUAUUUGUGAAAAAGGCACCAGGCAAACUAAAGUCAAGUGGCAAGCUCUCCAUCAAGGUCAACAUGUUCUACAGACCUGAGAAUACGCACCGAGGUGAGGGAGCGAUACACCAAGCCGACAUGAACCUGCUCUACUGGUCUCGUGACGACUGUGUGUGUGAUGCGUGUGAUGUGGUGGGGGCGUGUGAGGUCGUGUGUGGAGAAGACUUGAGCGGAGAUUUGGACGAGUGGUUUAUGGGCGGGGUCAACCGCUUCUAUUUCUAUCAGGAAUACGACUGUGGGGGGCAGGAAUUCAAGGACCCCCCACACGAGGCGAGGGGGCGUGUAGACAAGGGCAAGGGUAAAGGCAAGGGUAAGGCGAAGAAGGCGCCCCCUACAGAGGACCCCCCACCCAGCAGCGCCCCCCCUCAGGGGUUCACCCCACUCCGUACACUGGAUGUAUUUGCUGGUUGUGGGGGUCUCAGUGCCGGGUUCCAUCAAGCAGGCGUGAGCGAGGCAUGUUGGGCGGUGGAGAUCGACCAACCAGCUGCUCAGGCAUUCAGACUCAACUACCCUCAGGCUACAGUCUUCACUGAGGACUGCAACGACCUACUCAGAUUAGCCAUGGAGGGCAAGGAGACCAACAGCCGAGGACAGAAGCUGCCGCAGAAAGGUCAGGUGGACAUGCUAUGUGGGGGGCCCCCCUGCCAAGGAUUCUCCGGCAUGAACCGGUUCAACUCUCGUGAGUAUUCACAAUUCAAGAACUCGCUCGUGACCUCGUACAUCAGCUACUGUGACUACUAUCGUCCGCGCUUCUUCUUACUCGAGAACGUCCGUAACUUUGUAUCUUUUAAACGGAGCAUGGUACUCAAGCUAACCCUCCGCUGUCUAACUAAGAUGGGGUAUCAGUGCACGUUUGGAGUGUUGCAGGCCGGACAGUAUGGAGUGCCCCAGACACGCCGUCGUGCUAUUAUCCUGGCCGCUGCUCCGGGGGAGGUGUUGCCAUGUUACCCAGAGCCCACCCACUGCUUCAGUCCUCGUGGGGUGCAGCUAACGGUUGUCAUUGACGACAGAAAGUACUCGUCCAACAUAACCCGUCUCUCCUCUGCCCCCCUGAGGACCAUCACAGUACGAGAUGCCAUGUCAGACCUCCCAGAUAUUAAGAACGGUGCCUCGGGACUGGAGAUCAGUUAUGGAGGGGAUUCUGUAUCACACUUCCAGAGACUGAUCCGUGGUCGUCAACUACAGCCGAUACUAGCGGAUCAUGUCUGCAAGGAGAUGAAUGCCCUAGUGGCGGCCAGGAUGAGGUACAUUCCUGUUGCCCCCGGCGCUGAUUGGAGGGACCUCCCCAACAUCAGUGUGCGGCUCUCUGAUGGAGCCUGGUCCAAGGAGCUGAAGUACACUCACAACGACACUAAAAAUGGCCGCUCUAAGAAAGGAGCGUUGAGGGGGGUGUGCUCGUGUGCCUCGGGUAAGUCAUGUGAUCCGACAGACAAGCAGUUUGGUACCCUCAUCCCGUGGUGUCUGCCACACACUGGGAACAGGCACAACCAUUGGUCAGGGCUGUAUGGACGACUGGAGUGGGAUGGAUUCUUCUCCACCACUGUGACUAACCCAGAGCCAAUGGGGAAACAAGGCCGAGUCCUUCACCCGGAGCAGCACCGUGUGGUCAGUGUGCGGGAGUGUGCUCGCUCUCAAGGCUUCCCAGACACUUACAAACUGUACGGAAGUAUCCUAGAGAAACAUCGCCAGGUUGGUAACGCAGUGCCCCCUCCCAUGGCCCGGGCUAUAGGCCUGGAGAUCAAGAAGUGUGCCCAGGCCCAAGCUGUAGGCCCAGAGAUUAAGAAUUGUACUGAUGAUCAACAAAAGAAGGAAUAAACUAUUGAACUUUAGUUGCUAUAAGGCUAAUUAUUAAUAGUCUGUAUACAUUAUACAUUACGUCAGUAUACAUGUUGUUGCUUAUACUUGUCAUAAUUAUAACUAUCACAUAAUUGAAGGAAACGUUAUAUUGUACA